AUAGUGAUGGUUUUCAUCAUGGUGGUCAGUCAGGUUCAUAUAAGGAUAAGGCUACUGUUAGCCAGCUUCCUCUUUAUUUCUGUUCGUGGACAAACUUCAGGACCAUAUUUCAUGGUUACAUUUCCUGCAGUAAUCGAGUCUGGCUCUGAUGCUAAGUUCUGUGUGAAUCUUCUGAAGCCUAAUGAGACUCUGCAAAUGAACAUUUUUCUGGUUCACAACAACCAGAGCAGAACUCUUUUACAAGAGACAGUGGAAAAGGAGAUUCACCACUGCUCUCAUUUUAAGGCUCCACAGGUUGAAGGUGAAUCAGUGCAGGAGAUCAGAGUAGAAGUCAAAGGCGAAAGCUUUAAGAUAACAAAGAAAAGGAAAGUGAUGUUUAAAUCCUAUGACACAUUGGUAUUUAUUCAGACUGAUAAACCAAUCUACAGUCCAGGCCAAACAGUGAAUUUCAGAAUUGUCUCUAUGGAUUCAAAUUUUAUUCCAGUUGAACAAAAGUACAGUACAGUGAGUCUUCAGGAUAAUAAUCAGAACAGGAUUGGUCAGUGGACAAAUGUGUCCUCCACAGGUCUGAUACUGCAACUUUCUUAUGAGCUAAACGCUGAGGCUCCAGAAGGACAUUAUCAGUUAAUUGCUGACACUGGAAAAAGGACGAUAACACACAAUUUUAAAGUGGAAAAGUAUGUUUUACCCAAAUUUGAGGUUACAGUAAAUGCACCAGAGAAACACAGUGUCGAGGAAGAACUGAACAUAGAAGUUUGUGGAAAGUACACCUAUGGACAACCAGUACCUGGUCAAGCAAAGGUGCAGGUGUGCCGGAGAACUAAGUAUAAUAAUGAGGCCUUGAUGAGUUCAUUCUGCCUGCAUGAAACAGUGAAGAUGACUCAGACUGGCUGUGCAUUAGUUAACAUAGAUGUGACAACUUUCUUGAAUACUGAAUUUGAACGUAAAUUUAAGAAUCAGCUUACUGCUAUUAUUAUUUUCACAGAGGAAGGAACAGAUAUAUCCUGGCUGACAUUUACAAAUAUAAAACUCUUAUUUCAAAUUGGUAAAGUGGAAAUCCUUGAUACACCAAAAAAUUUUGAACAGGGGAAAGUUAUAGAAGGAAAGAUUAAAGUUACAACCUUCAGUGGAACACCAGUUCCUAACAAGAAGGUGUACCUUUCAGAAGGUGAAGAGUGGUCUGAAAAUGUACUACUUAAUCUCACGACAGAUGGUAAUGGAAUCGCAAACUUUUCAGUCGCUGCACCUGAACCUCCUGCAAGAAAGAUAAUAUUGAGGGCAAGUGUCUAUCCAGAAAGAAAAAAACAAGGACGGAAUACUCCAUUCUUUGCAAAUGCUGAUGCACAUAUACAGCUGCUCCAACCUGACAUACCUUAUAGUCCAGUGUUCAGUGAACUAUCAAUAGAAGGCUCAAAGGAACCAUUUAAGUGUGGUACUGAAAUUCCCAUAACCAUUAAUUAUUAUAUUGUUGGGGAAACUACUGAAAAUUACAGCAUUGAUCUUAUGUACCUGGUCUUAUCUAAAGGAGCCAUAGUCCAUCAUGGGCAUGAGAAAGUUGAAGUGGAAGACUCUGCAGAUGUCAGAAAAGGAAAAAUCUCAAUCAAACUAUCUGUUGUUGCUGAACUGGCUCCUGUAGCACAGGUUGUGGUGUACUCUGUCCUGCCCAGUGAGAAUGUUAUCGCUGCUAGCAAGAAUUUUGAUGUGGAAAAAUGCUUCAGAAAUAAGGUUUCACUACAGUUCUUGCCCUCCAACGCAGUUCCUGGUGAAAAGAACACUGUUGAGAUCACGGCUCAUCCUGGUUCACUGUGUGGAAUUAGUGUUGUAGAUCAGAGUGUGUUCAUUUUGGAGUCUGGAAAACGUCUAAACCCUGACAAGAUAUUUAAUUUAUUGCCAGUGACAUCAGUAUCAGAUUAUCCAGCUCAAGUUGAAGAUUAUCUGGAGUGCUUGCAUGUUAGACCCCGACGAGAUGUACUGAUUGGCCAUUUUUACAAUACAUUAAAGGGAGUGGGACUGAAGAUGGCAACAAAUUUGGUGAUUAGACUACCUCGCUGUGUUAUAUACAAGCAUGUGAAGUAUCUUCGUGAUCAGACUCUUGGUAAUUAUAUGUUUGUGUUGGAUUUACAUAUAAAAGGCAUAUACAUUUUAAACUCUUAUGAACACAUCAAAACAAUUCGCAAAUUCUUCCCAGAAACUUGGAUAUGGCAACUUGUUGAAGUGAGGAACUCAGGAUUAGCACAGCUUCCUGUCACUGUUCCUGACACCAUCACCACUUGGGAGACAGAGGUUUUCUGUGUGUCCUCUGUGGGUCUGGGACUGGCUCCUCCUGCUAAUCUCACUGUAUUUCAGCCCUUCUUCCUAGAGCUCUCAUUGCCCUACUCCAUUAUCCGGGGAGAGGUUUUUGAGCUGAAGGCCACUGUCUUCAAUUAUCUUUCCAAAUGCAUUAUGGUUAUAGUGACUCUAGCCCCUUCCUCAGACUACACUCUGGAACCCUCUUCUGAUGGCAAGUAUUCAUCCUGCCUGUGUGCAAAUGGCAGAAAGACCUUCAAAUGGACUCUAAUUCCCACUGUGCUUGGAGUAGUGAAUGUGACAGUGAGUGCAGAGGCAGAACAAUCCCAGACUGUGUGUGACAAUGAGAUUGCGAGUGUCCCAGAGAGAGGCCAUAUUGACACAGUUACACGAAGUCUGAUUGUACAGGCUGAAGGGACUGAAAAGACAAAAAGCCAAACCUGGUUAUUAUGCCCACAAGGCAACAGUGUUUCAGAGGAGUUGGAGUUAACUCUUCCUGAGGAUGUAAUAGAGGGAUCAGCACGAGCUUCUGUUUCAGUAUUUGGAGACAUACUUGGGUGUACAUUAAAAAAUCUGGAUGGGCUACUAAGGAUGCCAUAUGGCUGUGGAGAACAAAAUAUUGCUCUCCUUGCCCCCAAUAUCUACAUUCUUCAGUAUCUAGAGAACACUGAGCAGCUCACCACAGCUAUCUGUGAGAGGGUUACUGACUUCCUUAAGAGUGGAUACCAGAGGCAACUAAAUUAUAAACAUAUAAAUGGUGCAUAUAGCACAUUUGGCAAGGGAGAGGGAAACACAUGGUUAACUGCUUUUGUCUUAAGAACCUUUGGCAAAGCACAACGUUACAUCUUUAUUGAUCCAGAAAGCAUUAACAGUGCAAAGCAAUGGCUUAUAAGUAUGCAGAGAUCAGAUGGCUGUUUUACACAACAGGGAAGUUUGUUCAAUAACAGAAUGAAGGGUGGUGUAAAUGAUAAUGUGACUAUUACUGCCUACAUUACUACGUCAUUACUUGAAUUGGGCAUUACAGUCCAGGAUCCUGUUGUGAAUAAUGGACUGUUGUGCCUAAAGUCUUCUAUUGCUAACCUGAAAAACACCUACACCACUGCACUGUUGGCCUACACUUUCAGUCUGGCUGGAGAGAAUGAAACUCUGGAGCAGCUACUAAAAGAGCUGGAUAGUGUUGCUAUUACAGGAGAUGGCCGGCUUCACUGGUCUCAGUCAGCGUCAGAUGAAUCUGGCACAUUGUCAGUGGAAAUCAGCUCCUACGUCCUGCUAGCUGUUCUCACUACAGGCAAACUCACUGCUACUGAUUUUGGCUACGCUAAUAGGAUAGUCAGCUGGUUGGUGAAGCAGCAAAAUCCUUAUGGAGUCUUUACCUCCACACAGGACACAGUUGUGGCCCUCCAAGCUCUGGCGCUGUACUCCACUAAAGUGUUCAGCUCAGACAGCUCUAGUACAGUAACUGUAAAGUCAGCAGAUGGAGACAGUCACAACUUUGAUGUGAACCAGAACAACAAGUUACUGUACCAAGAAAGAUCAUUGCAGAAUGUUCCUGGAAAAUACAGCAUUGAUGUGAAGGGUUCAGCCUGUGUGUCAGUACAGAAUGCGCUUUUCUACAAUAUCCCCACACCUUCUCAAACCAGUACACUGAGCAUCAUGGCUACAGCUAACGGAAACUGCACAAAAUCAUCUGGACACACUCUGGCAGUUGAUUUCACUGUCAAGUAUAAGGGGGCAUUACCAAACACUAACAUGAUUUUAAUGGACAUAAAACUCUUAUCAGGGUUCACAGCAGAUCCUGGCAAACUGAAAUCUCAAUUUUUGGUGGAACGAGUUGAUUCCAAAGGUGACCGUAUUAUCAUGUAUUUAACAGCGCUCCAAAAGGAUUUCCCUGUCAACUAUAAAUUACACAUUAAACAGGUGCAUCCUGUCAAAAACCUCAAGCCAGCAGUGAUCAAAGUUUAUGAUUACUACCAAACAAGUGACCAGUGUGAGACGGAGUACACGUCCCCCUGUGUGUAA